AUGAGCGUCAACGAGUAUUCAUCCAAGUCUGCCGCUUCCGGCCACUGUCCCUCAGCAGCCACUAUCCCUAACCUGUUAGAAGCCGCCGUGGACUGGAAGGCCGGAUGGUGGGCGCUGGCACAUGGCGAGCGCUGGCGCAUGGUGGGCGCUGGCACAUGGUGGGCGCUGGCACAUGGUGGGCGCUGGCACAUGGCGAGCGCUGGCGCAUGGUGGACGCUGGCACAUGGCGAGCGCUGGCGCAUGGUGGACGCUGGCGCAUGGUGGACGCUGACGCAUGGUGGGCGCUGGCGCAUGGUGAACGCUGGCGCAUGGUGGGCGCUGGCACAUGGUGAACGCUGGCGCAUGGUGGGCGCUGGCACAUUGCGAGCGCUGGCGCAUGGUGAACGCUGGCGCAUGGUGGACGCUGGCGCAUGGUGGACGCUGGCGCAUAGUGAACGCUGGCGGAUUGUGAGCGCUGGCGGAUUGUGA